GUGACAUAUCACUGAGAUGUCAGAUCAGGGUGAGCUGUACGCGAAGUCUUGGAUUCUGUUUCACAUCCUAGACAGAUUUAUGGGGAGCAGGGAGAUAGUGGCAGUCAGGAGGAGGCUUAUAGUUUUGGGAGAGCAACUAAGAAGUCGUAAAGGUAGGACAGACCCAACAGAAACAUUUUACACUGGAAGUAGGGCAGAAGGAAUGCACCUUAAGUGGUCUGACGCAGACGCGAUGUGUAUUAACAAAAAUGUGAUAGUUACGUGUCCAGAUAAUUACAUCUUCAGUGAUCAACUCGACAGCGCAAAUAAAACAAUUUUGAUUAUGAGAGAUGCCAGCAGUCGACCUGGUUAUGUAAACCUGGAACUACUUCAUCUGGGACAGAGAUAUGGUCAACAUUUUCAGCAUUCCAUUAUUCAAGUUGGGGAUGUAUAUUUCAUAUCAAGUGAAAUAUACAAACUGGCAUUUGCUGAGGUGCUAAGCGAGGCACACCAGACAAACGUGGAUAUUAAUGGCCCAGCCGUGACUUUACGGGACGAAAAUUCAUCUGAUCUUGAUCAAGCAAUUUCAUUCCCAUGUUAUAAUUGGCCAAGUGAAGCUAAUGAGUGGAUGAGUAGGCCACGCUUGAGUGGAUGGCCAAAUAAAGCUUUGAGAGAUCAGAUAGUACAAGGUGGUUGUCAUCUAGUCCCAGUAGGGGAUAAAACGUCCGGAAACCCGUUCCUACAAUGGAGGAUUUCCUUUACGACUGCCGAAAGGAAACUCAUUUAUACUUUAACUCAAGUCCAAUUUUUAGUGUAUGCACUUCUCAAGUACUUCCUCAAACAGAUAUCUGGCAUGUUGAAACAAAUGUUAGGGGAGGCAGACAUUCUAUCGUCUUAUAUCUUAAAAACAGUUAUAUUUCAUGCAGUAGAAAUUACAGCUGCGUCAUUUUGGCAAGAAAAACAUACAUUUCUCUGUUUCAUGCUUUGCUUAAAGAUUUUAAUCAAUUGGGUGAAAGCAGGACAUUGUCCGAAUUACUUCAUUAAGAACAACAAUAUGUUCCUUGGCAAAGUUCAGGGUGAAAAUCAACGGAAACUUCUUCGUUUUCUCACUGACCUCCAUGACAUGAAAUGGGGAUGUCUUUCAGUUGGAACAUUCCUACAACCAACAAUAGGAGAUCUUAUCUAUAUCGUAAGGCAAGGACCACGGGAAUGUGUAUUACCUCCACCAGCACAAUCAGAAAAUGAACGUGACUUUGAUAUAUGCCAUAAUGUGAACACGUCACUGCUAGAGGAAAUAAAGAGAAGUACAAAUCUCUCAGGAAAUCCAAGAAAUUAUUGAAACCGUUUGCAACAGUGUGUUCAAGUCCAGGACU